AAUCGCGGCGAAUCGUGAGCGGAAAGGCCCGCCCCGUGCCGAGAAACCACGCCGGGCUCGCUAUAAAAGCUCCGGCUGGUCCCUCCAAGCUCAGAAUAAAGCCAGACAAGCCGACUUCUUUUUCCCCGCACUGGAAUACACGAGCUCCACUUGCCUUUUUCUUUUAAAAGGAAACUUUUUUUUUUUUUUAUCUCACUCCUCAUCUUGUGCUUACUCGCUUGGAUUAUAAUUAUGACUCUUGAGGAGAUCCGAGGACACGAAAACACGAUGGAACACAACGAGAGGGUGCAAAGUGCAGGCACAGCAUUGGAGGAGCUGCUGCUCGCCGCUAAGAAGCAAGAUUAUCUGACAAUCGGCGUGUACGAGUCCGCUAAAGUCAUGAAUGUCGAUCCGGACAGCGUGGCGUUCUGCGUGCUGGCCAGCGACCAGGAGCACGCGUGCGACAUCGCCCUGCAGAUCCACUUCACGCUCAUCCAGGCGUUUUGCUUCGACAACGACAUCAACGUGGUGCGCGUCGGCGACAUCGAGCGCCUCGCCGACCUGGUGGGCGCCGACGAGGGCGACGAGCCCAAAGACGCCCACUGCAUCCUAGUCACGAGCCCCAGUGCUAAUCCGUGGAAGGACCCGGCUCUGGACAAACUGAGUCUCUUCUGCGAGCAGAGCCGCAGCAUGUGCGACUGGGUUCCCGCCAUCACCUUCCCGGAACGCUGAGUCUUGUCGCUCUUCCCCCGCCCCGAAAAAUCUUGUUGAAGAUGCAUCGACGAUGACGAUGAUGAUAAGAAAGAGAAGACUCGAGGCUUCUACUUUAAGGGUGUUCCGAGCCUUUCUGCCUCCCGUUUGUCUGGAUUAAUCGGCUGUGUGGCUGGAAUGGAAGAUCUCAUUUCGUCCCCUCUGCCUCCCCCCCCCCCCCAAAAAAAAAAAAAAAAAAAACCUGCCCGACCCCUGCUUCCACGUGCAGGGAGAAAGCAGCCGUCUAGGCAGUCGCAUUCCGGCUCAGGAUGUUGUGGAUUAUACCCUGAGGUGAGAGAGACUCAGAAACCAGUAAAGGGGGAGGGUGGGGGUAGGGGGGGGCCGGACACUCGGAAGCGUCACGAGAGCGAUGACGGCCCACGUGCUGAUUGGCGAGGAGACGUCGGCGGCGCGUGGGCAACGACUGCAUCAGACUGUGCAGAGGCGGAUGCGAGAGAGUGCGGAGGCUGGACCGCAGCGACGCAGAUCCAGGAAGAGAGCGGCUUCAAAAAGAUGAAUAAUCGCAAAAAGACUAGACAUUUUCUUCAGAUGCAGAUGUCAAUAGCAAAAAAAGACUUGUGGAAAAUCUUAAUUUGUGCUGCACUUUUGAUGACAUUUCAUGCACUUACUUUCUUGGAAAACGACGCGAGCGAAGCAAUGCGGCAUUGAUUUUUGAAUUUGCACGCAUCGUGUUCAUGAAUUGUGAAUAAAUGUCUGCAAUCAACUGCC